UCUCUGUAGAUACAAUGUAGCAGUGGUCAUGUUUAAAACAGCACAUACACCCAGCGCACCCCCACCAGCGUGAAGUUCACCGUCCUUAGUAACGUGUGGUUGUCUUUAAACAACCAUAUCAAAGGUAAAGAAGGCGUUAUUUUAAUUAUCAGGCUUGCCGCUGCACCACGUGACCCCCCGGGAGAAGAGCAGGUAGUCAGGUGAGAUCCCGUCCGGCGCGAGACUCCCGUUAGAGGAAUAUGCCCAAGGCCCGCAUCUCACCGAUGGACCGCCUCGCCGCCCCCCGCCGCCAGAAGGUGUUCAGCAGGUCCCUCCUCCCCCUGGGGGACAGCCUGCCCUACUGGUCCACCCUGUCCCUGGACUCCAAGCUGCCCGUGGCCCCCAGUCCCCGGGGGUCGUACACGCUGUUUACCACGGAGAUCGGCCAACCCAAGUACAUCAACAGGCAGAAAUACGACUUCGACCUGACGGACCCCUUGGGUAACGCCACCCCCGCUGAGUACGACUCCCUGCAAGACCCCUUCCUCAAGCAUCACUUUCAGAAACCCCCCACCAAACGCAUCCUGCUUGGCAACGGACUCAUCACCAAGGACUCCAAGAUCACGUGCUCUGUGAAGGAGUUCAACGAGUACCGGGAGUACCUCCGUCACAGGAGCGUCACAGACUUCAACCUCAAGAGACACAGAAAACUGGAACAAGAAGCCAGCAGACGGAGAUCUCGCGAGGCCCAGUCCGAGAGUGAUCUGACUGAACGGGAUGAACAGCGCCGAAACUCCAUUCUCAGAGCGAGGCUGGACAUGUACAACCGGAGUGAGAGCCUCGUUUCCAGAUUGAAGAGGCGGGAGAGCCUGCUGUCUUUCAGGAUGGAGGAGAAACGACAUCAACACGUGGCCGACACCGAGAGGAGAAUCAGGGACUCCUGGGAAGAGCGGAAGCGACGCCAACAGCAAAUGCUUGAACGGGAGAACGAGAUAGAACAGAUGGACUUGAACAGGAAACGGGAGCAACUCGAACAAAGGGAGAAAACUCUGGUAAGACAACGUGAGCAACAGCUAGCCCGACUGGAGAAAAUUAAGGCCGAAUACCUGAAGGGUAAAGAAAAGAAGUUCGGGAAAAGGUCUCGGUUGGACUCUCUUGACAGAUCUAACCAAUCACAGAGGGAGACGAUACCACACGUGGAUAAAUCGACCAAUCAGAAAUCCGUGAAACCGGAAGGAAGCGCAGAGAUUGUUGACAAUAAAGAGCCAACCAAGGAGAAAAGGUCAUCGGAAAAAGAGGAAAAUGAUAAGACGAAAGAGGGCGUCAAUCAAGAAUGACCAUGACACCUUUUGAGACAGACUGUUGAGUUAGAGUUGAAAUAUCAACGAGGAAAAGUACCAUGACAAGGGGAGACCACUCCAUCAUUUGCUGGGAAAAAAAUCCCUUCAGUUGUCUUCUCGUGUUUCGAUGUUAAUAAUGACAGGAUAAUGCCCUUAUUAUCAAUUUGAUCGAGAAGCACUUCUUGUUUUUAUUUUAUGUAGAUAUAGAUAUAUAUGUAAACGCAAUAUUCCGUCCUUUCCCAUCGGGGUUCAGUUCACUAUUACGACGUCUCCUCUCCCCUAUCUGAUGCCUGUGUUUGCGCGAAGGCUUGUUAACUCGUAUCUUAUUCCUUUGGAAUCUUUCAGUUAUAAGAAUGAAACUGUGAAAACAGCUGAGUAAAACGUUAUUUGGCUGAACCAAACCCAGUGACCAUGUGCCAUUAUAAUCUUUACGUUUCUACCACGACCGCAGUGUGGCCAUGUUUCGAUAGGUGACGAUUCCCUAUGUCAUUAAGACGAGGCUUGACAAACAAAUGUCCUCACGAUCGCAACCGUGGCCCGUACUUGUCGCUCCUGUUUGGAACUGAAGACUACAGCUUUUGAAUGUACAAAUUUUAAGGACACUACUUAUGUUUAGAGUUUAGUGUACGAAGUGGAAUUCUCUGCCCGACUACUUGAGAUUUGCUGAAUCUUUGGCACAAUUCAGACUGAAUCUUUGGCACAUUUCAGACUAAAUCUUUGGCACAAUUCAGACUGAAUCUUUGGCACAAUUCAGACUGAAUCUUUGGCACAAUUCAGACUGAAUCUUUGGCACAUUUCAGACUAAAUCUUUGACAAUUCAAACUGAAUCUUUGACAAUUCAGACAGAAUCUUGAGCACAAUUCAGACUGAUUCACAAUUCAAAUGACAGUUAAAGACGUGACUUUUCAAACGUUAUAUCAACAUUCUAUAAUCUUUCUCGUGUUUGUGUUAGCGCCAUAAGCAUGAUGUUGGGGAGUUUGAGAGCGUUGCAAGUGAGCUUAUUAUUAGUAUCAGUGAACCUUCUUGAGAACUUCACAUUAAAUAGAGCAACUCUCUCUCUCUCUCACGUACUGUAAAUAGUAUUUAUUGUCACUUUUUCAAUAUCAUCAAAUUGCGUAUGCCUAGGGGCUAUGGAGAAUUCGAUAUGCGUGUGUGUGGUCUCAGUAUUACAGUCUUCCAAUCCUCAGAUCUAUUGCCGUGGGGUAUAUCUUUGAAGGGCAUGCCCAUGACAAACCACCCACUCGCCCUGGCGUAUUGCAUCCGUGCUGUUUAACAGUGGAACUUUUUCCAUGCGUUCUGGACACUGUUUGCUACCGUGUGAUAUACGGGACAAUAUAAUACAAGACCAGUAUUAGCUGACUUGCAAGUUUUGUAAUUUCCUCAUUCAGUAUUACAGCGGAACUUCAUAUACACUGAAUAAAGUAUUUUGUAUGA